GACGACGUUUACGGGGUCUCCCGGCGGCCCAGAGUUGCACAUACAGACCAGGCCUUUAACCGGUCCCGGGGAGCCUGUGUACCGGCAGCCUGGAACCCCAGAGCCUCUUCUGGAGCCGCCACAGUCAGUCCAGUUUGAAGCUGAUGUCUUCUAGAGAGAUGGAAAUGCAGCCCAACCAAGGUGCAGCAGAAUUUUGAGCGGUCAGAAUGCCUCCAGAUCCACCCAAGGGUCGCUGGGACUAAUUCUCUUGGCAAACUUUUGGCCAGCCAAACCUGCCGUGCUUCACAUCCCGGUGAUCCUUGGUUACCGUCGGAGAUGCAGAAAAUUGCAACUAGAUCAGAAGUGACCUAGAAAUAUGGUCUUAUUUCUGCCGUCUACUAGUGAGGCACUUCGCAAAAUCUCUGUGACCAAUUAGGAGAUUGUUGAAAACUUUAAAUUUCAUUCCUGAAAGGACUCAAUGGCUUACAAAAGAGAUGAAAUGUGGUCUGAGGGACGAUAUGAGUAUGAAAGAGUUCCAAGAGAACGAGUGCCUCCUCGAAGUCACCCCAGUGAUGGCUACCAUAGAGUAGUUAAUAUUGUGCCAAAGAAACCACCACUGCUAGACAGACCUGGUGAAGGAAGCUACAAUAGAUAUUACAGUCAUGUUGAUUACCGAGAAUAUGACGAGGGCCGCAGUUUUUCUCAUGAGCGAAGAAGUGGUCCACCUCACAGAGGAGAUGAUUCUGGUUAUAGAUGGACAAGAGAUGAUCACUCUGCAAGCCGACAGCCUGAAUACAGGGACAUGAGAGAUGGCUUUAGAAGAAAAAGUUUCUACUCUUCCCAUUAUGUGAGAGACCGGUCUCCUCAUAAAAGGGACACUCCUUUUUUCAGAGAAUCAUCUGUUGGCCGAAAGGACUCUCCACACAGCAGAUCUGGCUCCAGUGUCAGUAGCAGAAGCUACUCUCCUGAAAGAAACAAAACGUACUCUUUCCAUCAACCACAACAUAGAAAGUUCGUGCGCGCUGGUGCCACCUACAAACGGCAGAAUGAAGGAAAGCCACCAACAGGUAAAGAGAGACCUGUCCAGUCUUUGAAAACAUCAAGAGACACAUCACCCUCAAGUUCUUCAGCAGUUUCUUCAUCAAAGGUGUUAGACAAACCCAGUAGGCUUACUGAAAAGGAGCUUGCUGAGGCUGCAAGCAAGUGGGCUGCCGAAAAACUAGAGAAGUCGGAUGAAAGUAACUUGCCUGAAAUUUCUGAGUAUGAGGCGGGAACCCCGGCACCAUUGUUCAUUGAUCAGCCAGAAGAACCUGAGUCAAAUGCAACAGAUGGCAUAGAAUUAUUUGAAGAUGGUCAACUAAACAGUCGCUCUAAAGCUAUAGCAUCAAAAACCAAAGAGAUAGAACAGGUUUACCGACAAGACUGUGAAACUUUUGGGAUGGUGGUGAAAAUGCUGAUCGAAAAAGAUCCUUCAUUAGAAAAGCCUAUACAGUUUGCAUUGAGACAGAAUUUACAUGAAAUAGGUGAGCGGUGUGUUGAAGAGCUCAAGCGUUUCAUUGCAGAUUAUGAUGCUUCCGCUCAAGAUUUUGGAGAGCCUUUUUAGAGGAUUUCUUGUUCAGACAAAAAAAAAAAAAGUUUCUAGAUGUCUCCCCGCCUCCCUUGGAUUGUAUAAGUCCUUAAUAUAUGACAUUUUUGUGAUGAAGAAAAGUACUUUAUGAUAGGUAACUACAUUUUUAAUCUCAAAUAAACAUCCAAAAUAGUCUGUUUGAAUUAUUUUAAUUAGAUUUUUUUUUUUUAACAUACUGCGCCUCCUAAUCAGGACUCAUCUUUUUCUUUUUUUCCUAAAAUGAUGAGUCAGUUAAGUUUUCUGGCUUUGAGAAAGCAGUCCAGGCGAGCACCUUUCUGUCCUUAUUUGUGUUCUGUAGUCUUCCACAGUUUCCGAUCAUCCGUUUGGUCACAUGAGUAUAAUUUACAGGUUACAGAUCAUUCAUUCCACUUAAGCAUUCGUAGUCUUUUUACAUUUCACAGUGAAUGAUACACCAUGUAAUAAUGUUAGAGUUCUAAGUCAUGCUUUUAUUGACUUGUUUGCUUUUCUUGGGCUUUGUAACUUCGAUAGGUUAGCGUGUACUGUCCUAAUAAAUGGAAUACUUCGGUAUCUUGAAGAAUACUUUGGGAAUAAUUCUCCUUCGGUGAUAAAAAUAGAGCACUUAAAUCUCUGAAAGACACCUCAGAAUAAAAGCCUUUGUCCCCAGCAAAUGACUGCAAUCUCUUCAAUUACUGUAAUCCUCAAACUCCUGUGCCUACUAUCACUGAUGUGUGGGCAAUUUAAGAUGAAAGAUGAGGGUUUUUUGUUUUUGUUGUUUUUUUUUUUAAAGUUGACAUUUCUCAAGGGAAAAAAAAGAAAACAGUUCUGACCAAAAGAGUAAAACUUUAGAAUAUGCUGGAGUAGUAGAGCUUUACUUUUUCUUAGGCCUGUAGUCCUUAUCUCAAGAAAGAAGGCGAUUGGUAACAUGUCUGUGAUUAAACCGUUUACAGAAUCUUUCUUUAUUAAUCCUUUUACUCUUCACCCUUUAGAGGUGUUCUUAAAAGAAAUCAACCAGAGUAGGCAGUAACCGCAGCACAGCCACCCCUGCCCACGCAGUCUGUGUAAACAGUCCACCGCGACCAAGGCAUCCAAAUCACGGGUUAGUUAAGACUGUAACUAGGACAAUUAAACUAUCCUGCUUAUUUCCUGGUCACUUCCAGUAGCCUAGUGACACAGAGCCAAAAUAUAUAAUUUUGCGGCAUUAGCAAGGAAACCUUAAAAAUCAUGUUUGUUUUUCCUACCUGAUUUCAUUAUCGUCCCAUCCUCUUUCCAUUCCACACUCUUCUCACUCGAAUUCUGACAUUAAUUUUACUGGCCCCUAUUGCUUUCUAAAGAACUACCUCAGAAUACAUAACAAUUAUAUUAAAAGUGGAAAUACCAGUAUAAAUAAUUUCAAUAGAUCCUAUAAUGAGUGCCUGAAAGUAUAUAUUAUGCCAUUCUACAAAUUGAAAAACUGAGGGCAACAAUUUUUUUUAAGUUUCCUAAAAGAGGCCACCUUGAAUUUUUAUUCUUCCAUUUAUAUGUAAUACUUUUGGAAAACAUAAGGCAAACUAAAUGUGCAUAUCAUCUGGUAUUCCUUCUUGAUAUGAACAGUGUCUUUGUUAUCCACCUUGCAAAGACUAAGAAAGUAAUGGUCUUGUUUUUUCCUUUUUUCCCUCAUAAUGUUUUUCUUUUCAUUAAGUAGUCUAGUCCCAGGAUUCACUUCCUUUAGUGAAAAAUGUCACAAGUUUAAAAAUAAACUUAGGAAACUACCAGAGGCAAAGGAGUCAUUCACUUUAUUGAAAUUUGUUCAGCUAGACCAGUCUUACUAACAGAUGCAUUUAAACAUAGGUUCAACAGAUAAUUUCUUUUUCUCCUGUUCUC